UAGAUUUGAAUAACUCAUUGUUUGCACAUGAUACAAUUGAAUUGUCAUUCUGUACUUGAUAACUUGUGAAAAAGAACUAUCAUGUAUGAUUAAUGGUUGGGUAAUACCAUUUCAUUAAAGAGUAGAUUUUCUUUAUCUGUCGAGUGUCGUAAUUGUCAAUAUCAUAUUUUCUAAUAUCACGCAAUACUUUACAUAGAGUGAAAGAGAGAGUGUAUAAAAGUGAUAGGAAGAAAGAGAGAGAGAGAGAGAGAGGGACAAAGAGAGAAAAAAGGAAAAAAAGAAAAAAAAGAAAACAAGAGAGAUAAAAAAUUGUAUCUUUUUUAAUAUUACUUGUUUAAACAAUUAAAAUGUCUCAUAAUUUAUUAAUUAAUACUGGCAAUAUACUUUCUUUAGAUGAAGCUAAAAAAAAGGCCAGUCAAAAUACGAGAGAUGAGUUAGUAGAUACAUUAAAGAUCAUUCUGAGAGAGGAAGAGAAUCAAGGAGACAACAUUGUGUUUAUGAAUGGUAUUGGAGAUAUUGGUAUUGAAAAUACUGAAAGAGCAGAAUUGAAAGUAACUGUGAAAGUUUUUGUUUCAUCUCCUGAAGCUGAUACAUUAAAGGAAGCAUUAAAUAAAGUCUUUGAGAAUUUGAACACGGAUAAGAUUGAAUCCUUGGUGAUUGCUUAUAGCACUAAAGAUGAUUCUGAAGAUAUAUUAACGUCUUUAAAAUCUUUAUGGAGAGCUGUAGAAGAAUAUGUUAAAAUUGGAAAAUUGUCUAGCGUUGGAUUGAGCGAUUUAAAUACUAAUACUUUCAUUGAACUUUUUCAAUGGGCCAAUAUUAAGCCUGAUAUUGUACAAAUUAAUUUAGCUACCUGUUGCGUUGUUCCACCAGCCUUACAAGAAUUUUCAAAAGCAAAUGAUGUACAAUUAUUAACUCACAGUGAUCCAUCUGAAAUUUUACCAGAAGAUGUAUUAAAGGAAAUAUUUGGUUUACCGGUGUCAUUACAUUGGGUUGUUAAAUAUCAAAUACAUCUUAAAUGUCGUGGUAUAUUAACCUCGAAAGGAUACUUAAUUUAUAUUAAAAAAUUAUUGACCCGUAAUUAAUAAUUAUUAUUUAUAGAAAAUGACUUAGAUAAUGAUCGGUGAUGAUAUUUAACGUAUUUUAAUUUCACAAAUGUGGGUACAUCACAAAUGUAUAUUUUAAUAUAUAAAUGCGGUUUAAUUGAAUGCUACUUAAUGUUUAGAAAAAAGUACAUAUAAAAAGAAAAAUAAUUU